AUGCACGGUGGACAAGCAGCCCUUCUCCAGAGGGAAAGUGAAGUAUCAAGCGGUGACACGGCUUUGCCAAGGCCGUGCAGCAAACUGCUUGGUGAACCACGGCAUCUAACAGGCUGCUUCCUCUCUCCAAAUACGUUCCUCACGUGGAGCUUGGUGGGAAAGGCUGCUCUUCUCUCUCAUUUCUCCCUUUUCUUGUCUGUUUGCCUCAGCAGUCCAGCGCAGAAACUUGUGUUCAACAGAGUGAAUGGCAAAAGGCCGCAGGUGCUGCCACAGCAUGUUUCGGCCUCGGAGGAGAGCUACACGUUGGCACACGAGGAGAACGUCCGCUUUGUGCAUGAAGCCUGGCAGCAGGUAGAGCAGCAGCUGGACGGCAGCCAGAGAGGGGAGAACGUGUGCGGCCCCGUGCAAUACGUAGAGAAAACCCCCAACCCUGGACUGAAAAACUUCGUUCCCAUUGACCUGGAGGAGUGGUGGGCACAGCAGUUUCUUGCCAAAAUUGAAAACUGUUCCUAGAAGGAAAAGUAACCCACAAAAGCAAAAAGUGUCUGGUGUCGGAAACCRGAACCGGUGAGAUUUCAAAACAUGUUUUUUUUAAAACACACAAUCAAGUGACCCCCUCUCGCAGCCCACCGAGGACAGCAGGGACGGAGCGG